AUGAAUAACAGUUACCAAAUGCCAUUAUCUGCUACUCCGCUCAAAUCUAAUGGAACACAUGUAAUUGUAAGUUUCUCUAAGUAUGCUCAGCAUCCUCUAACUGACAAAAAUCGAAAUCUAGAUUUGAAUAAAAGUUCAGCUUUGUAUGACGUAAACAAAUUACGUGAAAAAAUUAAUUACUGUAAUCUUAUUAAAAGUCACGCGCCUGUGGCUUGUGUCACACUUGAACAAAAUAAAAAUAACUUAUUCAAGAAACCUUUGUUUGUGGAUUUAACUAAAGAUGAAAACUCAUUCAAGACACCUUCAAUGGUGGAUUUAACUAAAGAUGAAAAAGCUGAAGACAAUCGAAAGAGUAUCCUUAAAAAUGAAAAGUCUAGGAAAUCGAUUCUGGAACUAUCAAGAGAAGGCGAUACUAAUGGGGCUUUAAAGAAUAUUACUAUUAGAAGGAAAAAUGUGUCACCAGUCACCAAGCAUACUGAAUGGAUACAUAACUUAAACAAACGAUUUGACCAAAGUGGACUUCAAAAGAAAUUGAAAAUUAAUGAUGAAAAAUUGCGAGCUCAAGUUCUUAGUGACAAAAAUAAAGUAUUUGAUGAAAUUAUCAAUGAGAGAUUAUUGAAACAGCUGCAAAUAAAAGAAGUUAUAGAUUUAGUGGAGGAGAAACCACUUGAGGUCGAAACAGUAUUACCCGAAUUCACUCCAGAGGAAGAUGCUAAAAUCAAUAAAGCCAUGCGCUCUCCAUCUCAAGAGCAGAUUAUUCAAAAAUUUGGUUACAACAUUACUGGCGCUUGUCUUUAUUCACUGAGUGGCUUAAAUUGGUUAAAUGAUAAUGUCAUAAAUUUCUAUAUGAAAUUACUAACACAACGAGGAGCUGAACCAGGAAAUCUUAAGGUUCAUGCCAUGGACAGUUUUUUCUUAGUCAAUCUUCGAACUCGUGGUUACAGUUCCGUUCGUAGAUGGACAAGGAAAGUGGAUAUAUUUUCAUUUGAUUUAAUGCCAAUUCCAGUUCACGUUAGUGGUGUUCAUUGGUGUAUGUUAAUUAUUGAUUUUAAACAUAAAACUAUAAAGUAUUAUGAUAGUAUGGGCGGUUCCAAUAAAGGUGUUCUCGAUAUGGCAGAAAAUUAUUUGAAAGAGGAGUCAUUGGAUAAGAAGAAAGUAACACUAGAUACAAGUACCUGGACAAAGGAGACAGUAAAGGAUAUACCUCAACAAAUGAAUGGUUGUGACUGUGGAGUAUUUUCAUGUAUGUUUGCGGAGUACAUAUGUAGAGGAGCAAAAAUUAAUUUUAGUCAAAAUGAUAUGAAAUAUUUUAGGAGAAAAAUGUGUUUGGAAAUAGUCAAUGGAAAAUUACUAACUUAA